CGCCACCUGGCGAAUCCAACCCAAAAUUACAGUGCCUCCUCUUCCGAUUCUCCAAUGUUCACAGCUCGGCCGGAGCCUGUCGUCUUCCCCGGCUCCAUUUCCACGGGAUUUUUAACACUCCAAACCACGCCAGAUCAAGAUAGGACCACGCUAAAGGGGGAAAAUGUCAAGUGACAGACAACGAUCAGAUGAUGAAAGUCCGAGCACCAGCAGCGGCAGCUCUGAUGCAGACCAGAGAGACCCUCCGGUACCCGAACCAGAGGAGCAAGAAGAGAGAAAACAACCUUCAGCGACUCAGCAACAGAAGAAAAGUACCAAAUUGUCCAGCAAAACGACAGCAAAAUUGUCCACCAGUGCUAAAAGAAUUCAAAAGGAGCUAGCUGAAAUUACUCUGGAUCCCCCACCGAACUGCAGUGCGGGGCCAAAAGGAGACAACAUAUACGAAUGGAGGUCCACCAUCCUGGGGCCCCCUGGCUCUGUGUAUGAAGGAGGCGUCUUUUUCCUGGACAUCACCUUCUCCUCAGACUACCCCUUCAAACCACCAAAGGUCACUUUCCGCACACGAAUCUAUCACUGCAAUAUCAACAGCCAGGGCGUCAUCUGCCUGGACAUCCUGAAAGACAACUGGAGCCCCGCCCUCACAAUAUCCAAGGUCCUGCUGUCCAUCUGCUCCCUCCUGACAGACUGCAACCCAGCGGACCCCCUGGUGGGCAGCAUAGCCACCCAGUACCUGACCAACAGAGCGGAGCACGACAGGAUAGCCCGGCAGUGGACCAAGAGGUACGCCACAUAAGCGAGAGGACGCCCGGCCCCGACCCCGCCCGCCGCAGUGUAAAGCUCACGGAGGCAACUUUACAACGUGCAACAAAUCUUUAUAGCCUUUACAAUACGGACUUCUGUGUAUAUGUUAUACUGAUUUUGCUCCGUGCUUUUACCGCUCUGAAGAUCGGGAGGACAUGGCCCCGCCCAUCCCCACAGGUAAAGGCUACCGGAGUAGAAUUUUGUAGCUGUAGAUUUAGUUAUGUUUAAAUGCCUACUUGCAAGUCUUGCUUCUUUGGGAUAUAAAAUGUAUUUUGUGAUGUAAUAAGGAAACUGUUCCUAAAGUCAACCAAAUAUUAUGGUGCAUUUUAGCCUAAUCCAUUAUCUGUAUGAAGUUAAGGAAAAAAAAAAAAAAGAACCUAGCAGUAGAUUAUUAGGAAUUAUGUCAUUUAUAUGAAACUCAGAUCCAUUUCCAGUUAUGUGGUACAUGCUGUUGUGAACUCUGUUUUACCUUUGUCAGUUUGUAUUGAAAAGAUUUCAUUGAACCUUUUGUAGCCAAGCGAAGGUGAUCCGCCACUGUAACACCCAAACACAAUAAACUCCUUCCCCUCGGUCA